AUGAUUUACCUUUCAGCCUUGUCUCUGAUCACAGCAGCAGCCUUGAUUAUUAUCACCACUGCCUUUCUUCGACUUCUCUAUCUGUUCUCUCCAAAUGCUCGACAACCUCCAGUCAAAAGUAAAGAUGAGCCUUCUCAUAUGGUGGUAGUUCUUGGUUCUGGUGGUCAUACUGCAGAGAUGGUAUCUCUUCUUCGCGAUACAGAUGCAGCAAGAUACAAACACCGGACAUAUAUCAUAUCUGCGGGAGAUAACUUUUCUUCUACCAAGGCUCAAGAUUGCGAGGAGCGUAUACAAUCGAAGCUUCGACCUUCUUCGCCAUGUACCAAAGCUGGCGAGUUUGAUGCUACCACGGGGGUCUGGGAUCUCAUAGUUGUUCCAAGAGCGAGGGAGAUACAUCAACCACUUUACACUGCACCCAUAUCAUCCUUCUGGUGUAUGCUGGGAUGUCUCAAGGCAUUACACAAAAUUUCGAUGACCAGUACAAUACACCAGCAAUAUCCAGAUAUCAUCGUAACAAAUGGUCCUGCUACUGCCGUUCUUGUGGUCAUGGCAAGCUUCCUGUUGAAAUUUCUCGGGGUGGCCCCAAUUUGGAAGAUGCAAACGAUUUACGUGGAAAGUUGGGCAAGGGUAAAGACAUUGAGCUUAAGUGGUAAAGUUUUGUUAUGGCUAGGUAUUUAUGAUCGAUUCCUCGUUCAGUGGGAAGGCCUUGCUAAACAGAUAAAUGGGGAUAAUCCUCAGAAGAGGGUGGAAUGGAGGGGUUUCUUGGUACACUAG